CUUCACGUCACCAAUCAAAAGCAUCUCAGACGAGUCACCGCAGAUUUGAACAUGGCAUGCCAUUGGUUCAGCUCGCCAGACAUCGAUGCAGGUACGACGCUCGAGCAAGCCAGGGCCCGUGUUGAAGUGCUCGAAACUCUCAACACCGACGUGAGCUGCGCCCGGCCGGGAGAUCGCGCUAGGCUGGACGAAGCCGUCGACAGCCUCGAGGAAGCCACAAACUCGACCGAGUGGAGGGAGUGGAACACCAAUUCCGUCUCCGUGCCGUUCGACGUCACUCGGCUCAAGUACCCUAUCCGGAAAGCAUGGUCCGACAGCCCCAGCGAGCCUAAUGCGCUUGACGGCAUGUCUAUCACCAUGCUACGCGUGGCAAAUCAGCGCGGAGUGACGGCGGCGGAUAUUGCGGCGCAGGGGAAGCAGGAUCGGGAGGCGAGAGCUUUGGCGCUGGCGGAUGAGCGGUCGAGGCAGUUGGCCAAGCGCAGGCAGGCGGUAGCGUCCGGAGGACGGAAGGACGAUGAUGCCUCGCUGGCGGAUGAUCUACCUCGAUCGGCCCCUGGGGGCGUCCGGCCUCUGCCGGACUCGAUCCAGGUCACGGCCAGAUCCUCUAAGGUCGAUUUUGUGCUGCACGAGAUCCUCAAGUCGGACCCGGCCGAUAAAUUCAUCAUUUUCGCCGAGGGAAAUGACUAUGGGCACUUAAGCGAGGCUCUGCUCUUGAUGGAGAUCCGCACGUGCUAUCUCGUCGCUGAAGUCUCGGACAAAGAGCGCGACCAAGCGUUGAUCGACUUUAAGCUGCCUGAAGUGCGUGUUUGUGUCAUGGGUCUAGGAUUGGGUGCUCGUGGGCUCAAUCUUACUGAGGCCAACCGAGUGAUCUUCCUUCGACCGCUUUGGAGUUCACACGUCUUUAGCCAAGCCAUCGCACGAUGUCAUCGACUCGGCCAGACUCGUUCCAGUGUAGUCCAGAUCCUUGUCGCCGAGGACACGAUCAAGGAGGGAGCUGCGACUCGCCACGAGGGCAAGCUGUCUGAGAUGGAUCAAGCGGCUUGGAAUCGAGCUCUGAUCGAGGUACCUCAUCCCUGCUUAGCGAGAUCGAGUAGGAGCUGA